AUUUUGCUAUGUAUUUAGAAGCCCUAAACUAGUGUGUUUUGUGUUUACAUUGCUUCUCGGCAAAAUCAAGUUGAACGGUUUACUUGAAUACAUACUCCAUUUGAUAGAGCAGACCAGACAGGUAACGGAAGAGAGAGAUGGCAUCUGGUUGGGGAAUUAAUGGAAACAAAGGCAGGUGCUACGACUUCUGGGUCGACUUCAGCGAGUGUAUGUCCCUUUGCAGAGAGCCCAAGGACUGUGCUCUCCUCCGUGAAGACUAUCUCGAGUGCCUCCACCAUUCCAAAGAGUUUCAACGAAGAAAUCGAAUUUAUAAGGAGGAGCAACGUAAAUUAAGAGCUGCUGCACGUAAAGACAAGGAAGGUGAGGAUGGUGUUCACCAUCAUGCAUAGUGAUAAUUUGCUAUCCUUCAAAUUUUCAAGAAUAAUAAAAUGGUAUGGAGAUUUUUGUAUUUUUGUUGGGAUUGGUAUUUUAACUCUUUUCUAUAUUACUUUGGUUUCCAUCUCAUUGGAAUGGAUAUUGUUUUUUUUUGAGCCUGUGCAAAGAGGCAAUGAUUAAUCUUUCAUGACACCUGGGUGUACUAGGAACAUUGAUUUGAGAAUCUGUUGUGUCCAUUGAACUCUCUUGUAAUAUUGCAAUAUUGCAGUUAUAGUUGAAAUUCUGAGCAUUAUGGGCAAAUUUACUAAAUUGUGGCACUAUUUUUAAAUC